CAAGCUGUCCAUUCUCCAGGGACGCGUCUCUGGUUCCCGAAUAACUGUUCACUCGAAACAGUGGCACCAAGAAAGAGGGAGUCUGUCUUCCUGGCCCGCUUUUCCCAUGAGGCCGAGAUUGAAAAGUGAUUUCCACGUAACCUCCUCCUACCUGCUCCACCAAAUCGUGCAACGCUGCCAGGAUUUAGAAGCGGAGGAAGAGUCCAAGGAGGAGGAGGAGGUCGAGGGUGAGGAUCAUUUGGAAUCCGAGGAGUCCUCCGAGUCCGAAAUGCAGGAAUUGGAGGAAGAGUUUGAUGGGGUCCUAAGAGAGGAGGCCAUAGCCAAUGCACUUCACCAGUUGGGCCGCUCUGGCUCUGGCACUGAGCAGGUUUACCUUAAUUUAACAUUAUUGGAUUGUGAUUUAAUUGAUGUGAGCAUUCUCUCUGGAUAUGUUCACCUACAAAAGUUGGACCUUUCAGUCAACAAAAUUAAAGAUUUGUCUUGUGUGAGCUUUAUGCCCUACCUUCUGGAACUCAAUGCUUCUCGAAAUAAACUGACCACAUUCUUCAAUUUUUACCCACCCAAAAACCUUCAGAAGGUGGAUUUUUCCUUCAACCAAAUUUCGGCCAUGUCUGAUCUAUCAGCAUACCAGGCACUCACGAAACUAAUUUUGGACAGCAAUGAAAUAGAAGAAAUCGUUGGCUUACAGAAUUGCAACAGUCUAACUCAUCUCAGUUUGUCCAAAAACAAGAUCACAACCAUUAGUGGCUUAGAUGCAUUACCAAUCAGAACUCUUUAUCUGAGCUGUAACAAAAUCGAGAAGAUCACAGGUUUGGAUGAACUGAGAACCCUGCAGAUUUUGGACCUGUCCCAUAAUCAGAUCAGUAGUCUCCAGGGCUUAGAGAAUCAUGAAUUCCUGGAAAUGAUCAACCUGGAAGAUAAUAAGAUUGCUGAACUAGGUGAAAUAGAAUACAUAGAACACUUACCUCUGCUUCGAGUUCUCAAUUUUUUGAAAAACCCAAUUCAGGAGAAGACUGAUUAUUGGUUCUUCAUAAUUUUUAUGCUGCCACGAUUAAUAGAAUUAGAUCAGAAGAAGAUUAAUGUGGAAGAUAAGGUGGCAGCUGUGAAUAAAUAUGACCCUCCCCCAGAACUGGUAGCAGCUCAAGAUCACCUUACUCACGUUGCUAACAGUGUGAUGCAGCCCCAGAGGAUCUUUGACAGCACACUGCCCAGCCUGGAUGCCCCUUAUCCCAUGUUGAUUUUAGUUGGCCCAGCAGCUUGUGGGAAGCGAGAACUCGCCCACCGCCUCUGCAGACAGUAUAGCAGAUACUUCAGAUAUGGGGCCUGCCAUACCACAAGGCCACCUUACUUUGGAGAAGGAGAUCGAGUUGAUUAUCAUUUUGUCUCUCAAGAAGAUUUUGAUGAAAUGCGGAACAUGGGGAAAUUCAUUCUAACAUUUAAUUAUGGGAAUCACAAUUAUGGAUUAAAUAGGGACACCGUAGAAGGCAUCGCAAGAGAUGGUUUAGCAAGCUGCAUCCAUAUGGAAAUAGAGGGUGUAAGAAGUUUGAAAUGCUCUUAUUUUGAACCUCGUUAUAUUCUGGUGGUGCCCAUGAACAAGACAAAAUAUGAGGGGUACUUGAGGAGAAAGGGAUUAUUCAGUCGUAUAGAAAUUGAAUUUGCUGUCUCCAGAGUGGACCUUUAUAUUCAAAUUAAUCAGACGUUACCAGGAUAUUUUGAUGCUGUGAUCAAUGCAGAUGAUCUGGACAUCGCCUACCAAAACCUGAGUCAGCUGAUUAGAGAGUACCUGGGGUUAUCUGACCACUCUGCUAUGACCCUGGCUCCACCAGCAGGGGUACCCUCUAACAAGAAGACUCCUUCUGGGGUGCCAGCACACUUGGUGCCUUCCCCAAGACGCUUGGCGAGGCUACAAGCUGAUGGACCACCCCCAGACCAGCUCCCUGGGACGCAGCUGGAGGUCCAGAUCCCAACUUCUUUGCAGGACCAGGAGGGAGCAGCACCCAACAGCCCUAAGGAAACUGAGUCCCCACCACAGCCCAGCACCUCUGCACCUGGUGCUCCUCAGCUCACCCAAGACUUAGCUAACCAACCGCCAUCAGAUCUUCCUGCAAACGAAGCUGGGCAGUUGUCCAAACAGCUGGGUCCUCCCCGAGUCCAAAGCCCACAGCCCAACCAGGAUGAGGAAUCUGGGGAGACCACAGGACCCCCUGCUGCUCCAGCAGGCAUCAACCCCCAAGAAAGCCAGGAUGAGGAAGCCAAGUCAACCAAUCUGCCACCCCCCAACUCCCAGGAUGGUCCCCCAUCUCUGGAAGACUCCCAGCAACCUGUAGGGGAGGAGACCCCCAAACAAGGAGCUGUCCGGGCCGGCACUCCCUACCCAGAUCUGCCACAUUCUCAAGAUGCUACAAAUACACAUCGGCCCCCAGGCAAGGGUGAGGUGGCAGCUCCGAUCUCCACAAGCCGACUAGCACCCACCAGGCUGCCCCAACCCCGGGUUCUUGCCCCCCUCCAGAGCCCAAGGCCCACUCCCAAGCUCCUCUCACCCAGCCGUCCAGAUGACACUUUAGGGACAUCCUCUGACCAGACCCUAACUCCCUCCCCCAGGCCUCUGCUGGCUCCUGAGGGAGACCCCAGUAAAUUGCCUCCGAUCACUUCUCCACACUCCCGACCACUCCCCAAUCGGAGCCCCCAUCCGGGCCCCAGUCCUCAUCAGCUCCAGGAGGAGCCGGCCAGGGAGGUGAAACUCCCUCUCAUCAGCCCCCCUGGCCCGGAGCAGGCCCCCAAUCCACCCCCUGAGGAGGGUCCCCGGGGGGUGAAGCUGCCUCGACUCCCCACGCCCUACACAGAACAGCCCGGGCCCCGCAGCUCACAGACCCGUCCUGUCAAGGAAAGGCAGGCCCCUAAAGCAGGCCAGUCCUCCAGCAGGAGAAUCCCCGAUGUGCAUGCUUCACCCCAAAGCCAAGAGCCCAGGAAGCUGGCAGGAGCUAGAAAAAAAAAACUCCCCCUGCAGCAAGAGAUGGCUAAAGUAUCACCCGGAAACACCCCAAGAAGCCGACAAGCAGCAGCAGCCUGGCCACCAGUGUCCCAAAGCAAGCAGACACGCUCAAGGGGGUCUGAGCACCCUCACCCCAGCCCUUCCGGGAACCCUCAAAGAAACCACAGCAGAAAAGCCCGAAGCCUCAAAAUCCCGGCGCCCACCCAAGAUGAACCAUUGUCUCAAAAUACCCAGGUCCAGGAAGACAAAAGAGAAAUGGGACGUUCUCCCAGGAAAGGCGGUCAAACCCCGAUGGCACCACACCGCCCAGUUCAGAGGGCAGCUGCAUCCAAAAAAGGGGCAUCUUUGAAAAGUGAGCAGCCUGGGGGUAUGAUUCAGAGGAAGAAAGCCACACCAGGGAGCCACCCCUCGUCUGUGAGGCCUCCCCAGAGUGGAAAGGCCUCUGCGGAGGCUAGGCCCAAGGGUUCUGCCCCUGAGGAGCCUGUCAAGAAAAAGGAAAAAGGAGCAGAUCUUCCCCGCAAGGGGAGAUCUCAGAAGAGAGAAACUGUUUCAGAACCGCCAGAGCCAGGUGGGGAGCCCCCCAUGCAGCCUCUUGACAGAGACAAGCCACAAGCCCCUCAGGACUCCAAAGAGGACUCGCUUCCCCGCGACAGUACUUCUGUGCAGCCAGCCAAAGAGAAGCGUCCCGGCAAACAGUCAGAAGCCCCACAGGACCCAAGCCCCACUACCCCCCAGAACCAGGGGCCUGUUGAGGAGCAGAGCAAGCGGAAAGGAAGGGUUCGAGCCAGAGGCAGUCAGAGUACCAAGAUUUAG